GGCAGGAAAUCUUCCUUCCUGAGCAAUCAGCUGGGACUGGCAGGUAACGUAUCCUCUGCCAAGGACGACAAAAUCCUGCAUUUGCUGGAAAACAAGGCUGGCAUCAUCAUCUCAAAGUCUCUUAGGUUUCCUGUGGUAUACCUAGGCAAGAUGGAUUACAUUGCUGCAUUUGUCAAGAAUGUUGGCAGAGAAAGUCGUACCCUUAGGCGUGUUUAUAUUGUCUCAACAUCAGAGGACUGCCAGUUGUCAGUGGAUGGCUGCUCUGUUGGGGGACGUGCCUGUGAGAUGCCCGUUGUGAUUCAUCCAGACUCAGGGAUUAGUGUCCGUCUUCAGUGCACAGCCAUGCUGCUAGGUCUGGCCAAACAUCUAUGCGUGUUCGACUUUGUGGAUUUCCAGGUUGGACGUUAUGUCAGUGCAGUGGUGGAGGAUGAGCAGAUGCAUCUGAUGCUGCCCAUUGCUCCUCGCUCAUCACAACAAACGUACAGGAAGGCGAGAGCUUACCAGCCCUCAGAAAGCACUGUCAUCCGAGGGGAAGUGCCCUUCAAGCCCCCGCCCUUUCUGCCUGUCAGCCUGCCCACGGCUAAUAUCCCAAGUUACCUGUGGGAUGCAGUGCUUGAAGAGAAGGACAUCCUAGACGUGGUCCCAUGUCUAAGAGACCCCCUGUCCAGAGUCAACCACAAAGAGAAGCUCUCUGCUCUCUUGCACUUAGAAGAGAUUGCCAUGACACAGCAGAUGAGGCAGUUUGAUAUGGCCCGGUCAACCCUAUCUCCCCGCGGCGAGUACCUGAGUCUGAGUGUGCCGGGCCUGGCUGAGAGACGGCCGUCCCUCAUGGUAGGAGACACUGUCCUUGUCUCAUCUCCGUGUGUCUCCCCAGGGGAGGGUGAGCUCCACUAUGAGGGAUAUGUCCAUGAGGUGUUACAUACACAGGUGCUGCUGAAGUUCCACCCGACGUUCCACCAGCUGUACCGGGGCGAGGACUACGCCAUCCAGUUCAGGUUCAACCGCACGCCCCUCCGUCGGUGCCACUUCGCCCUCGACUUCGCCAUGAAGCAGCUCGGCCCCGACGUCCUCUUCCCCACCAAGCUGAGGCUCCAGCUGCCGCAGGUGUCGUACGUGGACCUCGAGGUUCCCACUUGCGUGUACCGGCGGAGGGGGGGGAGGACUCCGCCCGAGGGGGAGGAGGCUCCUGCGUCUAGCGUGGGGGAGGGGGCCACCGGAGGGCCAUUCAGCGGCGGAACCUCUCCUCCUUGUCCCUCGGGAGAGAGCCUGGGCGGUGCUGAGGAUCGUCGAGGAGGACGAGGACUGGAGGAGGAGAGCAGGAAGGAGUUUGAGGAAGAGCAGACGAAGAGCAGGGGUGGGUCCUGUGAAAGCAACGGCAUCCGAGACGAAGGGGAGGGCGGCGGCGCAGAAACUGAAGUUCCUAGUGGUUUUAAGGACGGUGACGACGACGACGAGGACGUCGUGAUUGAGGAGGAGUGCGAGGCGGAGGAGGCGGAUCGUGUGUGCUGUUCCUCUAGUGAUCCCCCACUCCUCGGCGGCAAGGGAUUGGGAUCGAGUGGCGUUCCUGCAGACGGAGCCACAGACGUGGGCAAGCAGCCAGGCUGCGAUGCGACCCCGGACGCUGAUUCCGUGUGCAGGGACGCCGGCCGAGGGUGGAGGGCAGCGCAGGGCGGCGCCGCCACCCCCGAGCCCAAGCACACGCCGCCGAGGAUCCCCGUGGUGACGCGCCUCUUCGGCGUCCCCUCCUCCGGCUCCAGCUCCAACUCCUCCAAGUCCUUCAGCGACGACGAGGCGAGAGAGCUCGGGGGCGAGGGAGGCAGGCACGGCGCCAGGACGAAGACGAGGGAGGCGAACGGCGCCUGCCUCUUCCCCGGGCCUGCCGAUGCGGGAAGGUGGAAUGGCUUCGCGGGCGUCGCCACUCUCUCGCCGGGACCAACUUCGGCUAAAGGAAGAGGAGGAGGAGGAGGAGAGCACGGCGAGGCGGCGCUUGGAGGCGGAGGCGCAGCAGAAGGUGACGCAGGAGAGAAUGAAAGGGGCGGAGACGGCGCCGUUUGCUGCCAAACCGAAGCGAGGAAACCGGAUGACGGUUCAGUGGCGUCGGACGGAAGGCCCUUUUGGAAUCAUACGCCCUCGAGGUCACUGAAGAUGAGUCAGACGCUGCUGCUGAUGGGGCUGCAAGGCAACAGGCACGGCGAGAGGAAGCGGAGGAGGAGGUCGCAGAGGUCCGACCACGCCGCAGGAGAGGGCGCGAAGGAUUCGAGGCCCGUCCCCCACGCCAGCCCGAAACAGGACCCCGAGCCCGCGGGGAACGCGAGAGGGAGCCGUUUGCAGGCGCCGCCGGGCGCGCUUUCCUUGACUUCUGCCCUCCAGGGACGCGAGGGAGGGCAGGCUGCGCGCGCCCCGGCCUGCAACGGCGUGGAGCAGGCAGCGUCUGCGUCCGUCCAGAAUGCGUCUGGCGCCACAAGGCUGCCAGGGCGACCUGUCGAAGGCAGGGGGCGCCCCAGCGCGGACGCAGGCGGCGCAGAAGACGGCUACUGCAUUCCCGUCCUCCCCAUCAACUCCCUGAGGAGGAAGGGUCGAGCGCCCCCCUCCCAGCUGCCGACGCUGCGCUGGGCCAACAGGCAGCUGAACGCGGAGCAGAAGCUGGCCGUGCGGAGGGUGCUGGAGGGCAGCACGCGGCCCCUGCCCUACGUCAUCUACGGGCCGCCGGGCACGGGCAAGACGGUCACGCUGGUGGAGGCGGCGCUGCAGGUGCUCUCCAUGGUGGCGCACAGCAGGCUGGUGAUCGUGACGCCGUCGAACAGCGCCUCGGACCUCGUGGCGGAGCGGCUGCUGGCGUCGGGGCGCCUCGGCCACGCGACCUCGUCAGCUCAACCCCUUCCACGUAAGCCCUCUCGCCCUCUCGGAGGCCUCUCGGGACGCCCUCUCGGGGGACGCCCUCUCGGGGACGCCCUCCGGGGACGCCCUCUCGGGACGCCCUCUCGGGGUCGGGGCGGGGCCUCUCGGGGAUGCCCUCUCUCGGGACGCCCUCUCGGGGACGCCCUCUCGGACGCCCUCUCGCGCGGACGCCCUCUCGGGGACCCCUCUCGGGGACGCCCUCUCGGGACGCCCUCUCGGACUCCUCUCCGGGACGCCCCUCUGCCCUCUCGGACGCCCUCUCCGGGCGCCCUCUCGGGGACGCCCUCUCGGGACGCCCUCUCGGGACGCCCUCUGGACGGGCCCUCUCGGGGACGCCCCUCUCUCGGGACGCCCUCUCGGGGACGCCCUCUCGGGGACGCCCUCUCUGGACGCCCUCUCUGGGACGCCCUCUCUGGGACGCCCUCUGGGACGCCCUCUCUCUCGGGGACGCCCUCUCGGACGCCCUCUCUCGGGGACGCCCUCUCUCUCUCGGGGAGCCCUCUCGGGACGCCCUCUCGGGGACGCCCUCUCGGACGCCCUCUCUCUCUGGGACCCUCUCUGGACGGGGACCCUCUCUGGGACCCCCUCUCUCGGACGCCCUCUCGGGGAGCCCUUCUGGGACGCCCUCUCGGGGACGCCCUCUCGGAUCUCGGGGACGCCCUCUCGGGACGGCCUUGCUCCGAGAGGCGUCCUUCGCUGCAGGAGGAGGGCGUGCCCGAGGCCCUCCGCCCCUUCAGCUGCAACGGCGACGACCUGGCCGUGCGUGUCCGCCAGCGCGUCGUCGUGACCACAGCGGCGACGUCGGGGCUGCUGUACACCCUGGGGCUGCACGGAGGCCACUUCAGCCACGUGUUCGUCGACGAGGCGGGCCAGCUGACCGAGCCCGAGUGCCUGCUGGCGCUGGGCCUCGUGAACAUGUCGGGCCAGAUCGUGGUGGCGGGCGACCCCGAGCAGCUGGGCCCCGUCGUGCACAGCGCCGCCGCCAGGAGGUUCGGCCUCGACCUGUCCUUCCUGCACAGGCUCUGCGGCUCCGUCCUCUACCAGGCCCAGCGGAUGGACGACCUCUCCUGGGUGUACGAGCCCCACCUGGUGACGCAGCUGUGCAGGAACUACCGCUCCCACCCGGACAUCCUGGCCGUCCCCUCCAGACUCUUCUACCACGACAGCCUCGCCGCCCACGCCGACCGGGAGCCGCCCGUUCCCACGCCCACAGAAGCGAGAGGGCGUGCUCGGUGGUCGGAGCUGCCGAACCCCUCGUGCCCGCUGCUCUUCCACGGCCUGGUGAGCGACAACUGCCAGGAGGGGGACUCGCCCUCGUGGUUCAACCCCGCCGAGGCCUUCCAGGCCGUGAGGUACGCCAAGAGCCUCAUCGAGUUCGGGCUCAGGGCUCAGGAUAUUGGAAUUAUCACGCCCUACAGAAAGCAGGUGGAGAAGAUCCGCGUGCUGUUGGUGACGUUCGGGCUGGCGGAAGGGGUCAAGGUGGGGUCCGUGGAGGAGUUCCAGGGUCAGGAGAGGAAGGCCGUCGUCGUGUCCACGGUCAGGUCGUCGUCGGAGCUGGUAGAGCUGGACUUGCAGCACAGCCUGGGCUUCGUGCAGUGCCGGCGCCGCUUCAACGUGGCCGUGACGCGAGCGCAGUCCGUCCUGGUGCUGGUGGGGAACCCGUGGCUGCUGCGGCGGGACGAGUGCUGGCGGGAGCUGAUCGCCUUCUGCGUGGCCAGGGGCGCCUACCGCGGCCCGGACCUCGACGCCGCCGCCGCCGACGAGCAGGCGCGGUAGCCGAGGGGAGGGCGGGGGAGGAGGGCCUGGCACGCGCUCGCUCUGUCGGAUUAUUUUUUCAUUUCUUCCUUUUAUUUUUGUUGGGUUUAUCUUCUUCAUUGGUUAGUUUUGUCUCAAACCUUACUUAAGGAAAUUGAAAGCAGUUUUUGUAGCGUAAAUUGGUGACGGUGUGAUCUUCCAUUCUGGGUUCUCUCUCUUCCCACCAGAUUCUCUUUUUUGUCAGACAAAGACCAGUGAUAAGUCGUCUAUAAGUUUUAUUAAUGCCAUGUUAUUCUUUCUUUGUGGACUGAAUGUUUUCGAUGCAGAUUUAAGUUGAAUCGACGAAAAGUUUCUUUCGUGAACAUAGAGCAUUAUGUUUUCGAGUCCGAAAAGUAUUUUGUAGUUUGUUUACUCUUAAUGAAGGGGUUGCAUGUGACGUGUAUUUUGGGCCUACAUCAGCGACAGUAAGAAGGCAUACAACUAAAACCAUACACAAUCAGUUCAUUACCUUAGAUCGUUGUGCAAAAUAAGAAAAAAAUGCAUCCUUAUUAUUUGAAUAUUAAAUUGAUCAUUAUUUUGUUUUCUUCGUAAGUUAUUGGAAACCUCGGCCGCCUCUUCGUCUGUGCCAGUGGCCAGUGCGUGCUCGAGGGGGAGGUUAAGGUCGACCUCGAAAUUUACCCCGUGGAAAGAUGAGUUUCUUUUUAUUUCCCGCCUCUGUAUUUUCAUGAAAAGUUUUGUAAUGCGUUAUCUGUGAUGAUUUUCAUAUCGGAAUAAAAGAUAAUGAUUA